AUGGAUAACGCAAACCUUUGGACUCGUCGAUCCAACUCCUCCAAAUUGUCCCUGUCCAUGACCGGGACCGACGGUAAAGACGGUGGCGCCAGAGUCGAACUCCCCCGUUCAUCCAAGCGCUUUGGCCCGGAUAGCUCCCACGGUCGAUCGAAUCCCUUCAACGCCCUGUCCCCCCUCUCCGGCGGCGUCUCCUCCCCGUCGACAAACGCUUCCUCCGCAUUUGGCCUGGGGCGCCGCCCCGGCCCGGCCCGCCAGCACGCCCUCAAGUCCACCUGGGUCAUCUGGUACCGCCCACCCACCCCGAAAUACUCGGAUUACGAAAAGUCCACCAUCCCCCUCGCCUCCAUACACUCGGUCGAGAGUUUCUGGUCCGUCUACUCGCACCUCAAGAGACCCUCCCUCCUCCCCACCGUCUCCGACUACCACAUCUUCAAGAAGGGCAUCCGUCCGGUAUGGGAGGAUGAGGCCAACAAGAAGGGCGGGAAGUGGAUCGUGCGGUUGAAGAAAGGGGUGGCGGACCGGUACUGGGAGGAUCUCCUGCUGGCCAUGGUGGGGGACCAAUUCGCCGAGGCCGGCGAUGAGGUCUGCGGUGCGGUUCUCUCGGUGCGGAGUGGCGAGGAUGUGCUGAGUGUGUGGACGCGGAUCGAUGGCGGGCGCAACAUUAAGAUCAGAGAAACGAUCAAGCGUCUGCUGGGCUUCCCCGUCGACACCAACAUCGUGUGGAAGAGCCACGACGAUAGCAUCGCCCAACGGUCCGCCAUCGACCAGGCCCGCCAGGAGAAGGCGGUUGGCAGCCACCACCCCCACCAUCAGCAUCACCUUACCCAACACGCCCUGGGAUCCGAACGACGACGGGCGCCGACCCUUGACGACUCUACGGGGGAUAAAGGCAAGGGAACGGCGUCUUGA